GAAGAGGAAGACGGAUACGAGGAUUAGCUAGAAAUCUGAGCUCCAAAUCGACAGGAUUUGGCUAACGGAUUGUGCGCUCUUCUCCCGUCUUUGCGAAAAGCGAUAGACAAACAGAGAAGAAACAAGAAUGAGCUUAUCUACUAGAAAAGGGAGCAUUCUUGGUAACAGCUAUCUCAAGUCUUUGAACCCAGAUGCUGUGGAAUUCGUUCCAUUUUCUCAUAAACCGUCUCCUGGAAGCACUAGCACUGCUGACAUUCGUUCAAACCAUCAAAGUUCUCGCUCAGAGACAAUGGGAAAAUCUGUGCUUGAUAGAUCUGAAUCAUCAAUAUCAGAUGACGAAGUUCAUCGAUACUGGCGUCAACAGCUUCCAGACGAUAUUAUUCCUGAUUUCAAUCUAAUGGCACAAGAAGAGCCUCAAGUGAUUAAUGACCUUCCAUUUGCGAAUUUGUCCUUGCAAGAGAACCAUGAACUGCCCAGGUUCUCAGCUUCCUCGGGUAGCAGAUUCAUUAUGAAGGAUCAAGUUGAACUACCAUUAAGGUCUUCAGCUCCAUCAUAUGUUGAUGAUGUUUCUUCUGCUAACUUGUUCAAUUUGCCAACUAAACCAUGGGAUGAUCCAGUCCUGAAAAAUGACCAGCUUCCUUCCACCUCCAAUGAGGGGUCUCUUCACAAUGGGAGUUUUGCUCUAAGACGACCAACCAUUGCCCCGCCUGAUCGGGCAACAGUAGAAGUGCCAAAUGUUAGUCCUUUUGAGCUCCUGACUUUACAAUUUCCUACUGUUUCUACAGAUAGCCUUGCAGAAUUGUAUUUUUCUAAUGGAUGCGAUUUGAACCUGACAUUCGAGGCGCUAAAUCAACGAGAGUUGCAAGGUGAGAGAAGAAUUUCAGAUCCAAUUUUUGGUAUGCCGGAUUAUCCUUCUCUUGCUGCUGGGGCAGAAAGUCCACCAGGAAGGUAUUCUACUUCUGGGGAAGAGACUCUUGCUCAACCUCUUGUUUAUCGUAGGGCACACGACAGAGCUGCUUUAGCAUCUACAUCAGCACUAAUAAGGAACAUGCUAUCCCACGAUUCUAAUAUAGGGAGGUAUGAUAGAAAUGCCUCUACUGAUGCUACUGGGGGAUCAAGCUACCCACAUUUAUUCGGGCAGGCUAGGGGCACAACUGGUGAUGGGUUUCAAAUUCGGACUUCACCACGGGCAGCUCCUUCAUGGAUGGAAACUGGUGAUGCAGUAGUUGGGAAUCUGUAUGCUGAGACGCGAGAGGAAGCUCGUGAUCAUGCACGCCUACGUAAUGCUUACUUUGAACAGGCACGGCAGGCUUACUAUAUUGGUAACAAGGUUUUAGCGAAAGAAAUGAGCAUGAAAGGACAAUUACACAAUUUGCACAUGAAGGCUGCCCAUGGGAAAGUCCAGGAAUCUCUUCUCCGCCAGAGCAGGAACAAUGAGAUGAUGAUGCAGUAUCAGCAUCAGCAUCAACAAUUGAAUGCUGGGAGGGUUCACGAAAGAUUAAUAGACCUGCAAGGACUUCAAGCUAACGAAGCCGUACAUAUCCUGAAUCGAGAACUGACUCUACUGAAACUCGCGGCUAGAGCUGACGAACAAAGGGUCCAGGUUUAUAUAUGCGUAGGAACAAUCAACCAAACUCGCGGGGUGCGCGCCACACCUGCAAGACUCCCGAUUGUGGUGCAGCGAUAUCUUCUGGAGGAAGAAGGCCUUGAUUUCACGGAACCGCAGCCCGGUCUACUCCGUGUUGUCAUUCGUUAAGAGAAAAAGCAGCAGCAGCAGCAGGUAUAGUAGACACCUUUUUUAUUUGACAUAUAGAUAACCACCAACAACAAAAGAAAAUCAUUGAAAAC